AUGGUGGCAAGGAAAUCAAAGAGGGGCCAACAAAAGCAGCUUGCUAAACCAGAGGAAUUCGAUGUUCCAAAGGAAAAUGAAGAAGAUGAAGAACAUUUGUACGGUAAUAUUGACGACUACAAGCAUCUAAUCCAAGAUGAGGAAUAUUGUGAUGAAGAUGUACCUCGCGAUUUGCAAUUUAGCGAAGAUGAGGACGACUCUGAGCGGGAUGAUUCUUUGCUGGCAGAAUUUUCAGACUAUGGGGAAAUAUCUGAAGAUGAUGAAGAAGAUUUCAUGAAUGCAAUUAGGGAAGCAAGUAACUUCAAAGUGAAAAAGAAAAAGAAAAACGAUAAAAGUAAAUCAUAUGGCCGCCAAAGGAAAGAAAGAGUACUAGAUCCAGAAGUAGCGCAAUUGCUCUCUGAGGCUAAUGAAGCAUUUGUUAGAAAUGAUUUACAAGUUGCGGAAAGAUUAUUUAAUGAAGUCAUUAAAAAAGAUGCGCGUAAUUUUGCUGCUUAUGAAACUCUGGGUGACAUCUACCAAUUGCAAGGAAGACUUAACGAUUGUUGUAACUCGUGGUUUUUGGCAGCCCAUCUAAAUGCGUCCGAUUGGGAAUUUUGGAAAAUAGUGGCUAUCUUAUCUGCUGAUUUAGAUCACGUUAGACAAGCAAUAUACUGUUUGUCUAGGGUUAUAAGCUUGAACCCUAUGGAAUGGGAAUCUACGUAUCGUCGGGCAAUGUUGUACAAGAAAACGGGACAAUUGGCAAGAGCUCUGGAUGGAUUUCAAAAACUAUAUAUCUACAAUCCUUACGAUGCGAACAUAUUAAGGGAGCUGGCUAUUCUUUACGUUGACUAUGACAGAAUCGAUGACGCCGUUGAACUUUACAUGAAAGUGUUUAACGCAAAUGUCGAAAGAAGAGAAGCCAUUUUGGCUGCUGCAGAAAAUGCUUUAGAUUCUUCAGAUGAAGAAAGCGGGGCAGAAGAAGAAGCCGAAAAGGAACCUCACGAUCAAGAUGAGGAUAUGCAGAUGUUUCCUGAGAUUAACUGGAAAAAAAUAAAUGCAAAAUAUAAAUGUAUACCAUUCGAUUGGUCGUCUUUGAAUAUUCUCGCUGAACUCUUUUUGAAACUGGCAGUCGGUGAGGUUGAUGGUAUUAAAGCUAUCAAAAAAUGUGCACGUUGGAUUCAACGUCGUGAAGGUCAGGUGUUUUGGGACGGCGUUCCGGAUGAUUCAGAAUUUGACAAUAGAAGGUUCAAAAAUAGUACUUUCGAUUCUCUACCUGCCAUUGAAAAGGAAAAAUCGUAUACUAUUCCAAUCGACAUCAGAGUUAGGUUAGGGUUGCUGAGGUUAGACACAGAUAACCUUGUUGAAGCCCUCAAUCACUUUCAAUGUCUUUACGAUGAAAGUUUUACCGACGUUGCAGAUUUAUAUUUUGAAGCAGCGACUGCUUUGACAAAGGCCGAAAAGUAUAAAGAAGCCAUUGAUUUCUUUACGCCGUUGUUGGCUAUUGAGGAAUGGCGUACAACUGACGUUUUUAAGCCCCUAGCAAGGUGUUACAAAGAAACCGAAACUUAUGGAACAGCUAAGGAAUAUUACGAAUUGGCCAUCAAAUCUGAACCAGGCGAUUUGGAUAUUCGUGUGUCACUCGCAGAAGUUUAUUAUCACCUAAACGAUCCAGAAACAUUCAAAAAUAUGUUAGUUGACGUUGUGGAAAUGAGAAAACAUCAAGUUGAUGAAUCACUCAAUAGGAUAUCUACUGAGAAGGGCUCUGGUGAUAGUUUGAACGAUGUCUCCAGUAAACCAUUAUUAGAGGAUAGCAAAUUUCGAACCUUUAGAAAGAAAAAGCGCACACCCUAUGACGCAGAGAGAGAGAGAAUAGAAAGGGAAAGAAGAAUAACUGCAAAAGUCGUAGAGAAAUAUCAGAAUAUCAAGAAAUUCAAGUUUGAUCCAGCACUUGGUGAAGCCAAACAAGCCACUAUAUGGAUUAAUACAGUUUCAGAACUGGUUGAUAUUUUUUCAAGUGUUAAAAACUUCUUCAUGAAAAGUCGUUCCAGGAAAUUCGUUGGUAUCCUACGGAGAACUAAGAAAUUUAAUACCGAGCUUGAUUUUCAAAUAGAAAGACUAUCCAAACUAGCUGAAGGAGAUAGCGUGUUUGAAGGACCGUUAAUGGAAGAGAGAGUGACUCUAACAUCUGCAACAGAAUUAAGAGGACUGUCAUAUGAGCAAUGGUUUGAGCUAUUUAUGGAACUUUCCCUUAUAAUAGCGAAAUAUCAAAGCGUUGAGGAUGGUUUAAGUGUGGUAGAAACGGCCCAGGAAGUGAACGUCUUUUUUCAGGAUCCUGAAAGAGUCAAAAUGAUGAAAUUCGUGAAACUGGCUAUUGUACUGCAAAUGGACGAUGAAGAAGAAUUGGCGGAAAACUUAAGAGGUCUUCUGAAUCAAUUUCAAUUUAACAGGAAAGUUUUGCAGGUAUUUAUGUAUUCCUUAUGCCGCGGGCCUUCCUCUCUGAAUAUUCUAAGUUCUACCAUUCAACAAAAAUUCUUCUUAAGACAACUGAAAGCCUUCGAUAGUUGCAGAUAUAGCACAGAAGUUAAUGGUCAAGCCUCAAUAACGAACAAAGUCGUGGACAACCCCGACAAAAAGUCAUCGCCAUACCUGUACUAUAUCUAUGCUGUUUUGCUUUACUCUAGUAGAGGCUUUCUUUCAGCAUUACAGUACUUAACGAGGCUAGAGGAGGAUAUUCCAGACGAUCCAAUGGUUAACCUUUUAAUGGGGCUAUCGCAUAUUCAUCGUGCCAUGCAAAGGCUAACGGCUCAAAGACAUUUUCAAAUACUUCAUGGAUUGCGAUAUUUGUAUCGCUAUUAUACAAUAAGAAAAAGUCUAUACACAGAUCUGGAAAAACAAGAAGCAGAUUACAAUUUAGGGCGCUCUUUUCAUUUGAUUGGUCUGGUAUCGAUUGCAGUUGAAUACUAUAACAAGGUUUUAGAGAACUAUGACGAUGAAAAGUUGAAAAAACACGCCGCAUACAACUGUAUUAUAAUUUAUCAGCAAAGCGGGAAUGUGCAAUUAGCUGAUAAACUCAUGGAAGAGUAUCUAAGUGUUUAA